CCUUGUCCAUCUCUCUAUCUCUCAAAAACGAAAGAUUCUCUCUCUCUCUCUACAUUUAUAGAUUUCUCAUCAUCAUCAUCAUCAAUCAUCAAUCGUCAAUCUCGACCGAUCAAAUGCUUCAGUUGUUCUUCGCGCUAGCCUUCUCGGCUGUGCCACUGACUCUCUACGUUCCUCCGAUCCGUAGCCUCAACCUCCUCGUGGAGUCCGUGGAGCAGCUCCUCCGCCAGACCACCUCCUACUCCCUCCACGCCUUCCCUCGCUUGCGCUUCAUCGUCUCCCGAUUCUUCUCUAAUCUCCUCCGAACCUGAAGAUAAAUUGAGUCCUCUUCUGGCAAUAUCAUCAAUUGAAGCCCACUGAUGGAAUGACAAAACAAGAAAGAUAAAGCAAAUCAUUGGCUCUGGAAAAUUCUGAAAUUGUGGUCUCCAUGGCUUCUUCUUCUUCAACCCUUCCAUGGCUUUGGGUCAUCGAAGCUCUCGCAAGCUUCAAGGAAGUGGAUGCAUCUAUUCUAAUUGAUUUGGUUAAAAGGACUCCAGCAAUAUCUGACAAUCUGGGAAAAAGUGCAAGAGAAAUGGUCUCCUUGAGAAUUUUGGAGAGUUUUUUCGCUCAGCAAACUGGAAGCACAAAGGGUGUUUCUUCUGCCCCAGAUUCCAAAAUUGAGUUUGAUUCAUCAUAUCGCUGUGAAGAUGUUGUUCGACAAAUACUGCAUGAGAUCUCUGCAUCAAAUCUGAAAAUGGAUGGACCAGAGAUGUUGAAAUGGGAUGUUAGAACUUUAUUAAGCAUAAAAGAGCUUGCUUUCCAAAAACCACUUUACAACAGCUGAAGGAUGCAAUUCUUGAAGGAAACCAUCGAAUUCUUGCAUCCUUGAAGGAAAAGAGUGGAUUAUCAAUUGGCAAUCAGUCUGAAAAUAGAAUCACUGUGGAUGAUGAUGAUCUUAAUGCAGUCCCAGGGAGACUUGAGAAGAGCAGCGAUAGUGCAACUAUGGAAGCAGGAGGGAACUUAACUGCUCCAACCGCUGAAAAUUUGGAUGGCCUCUUGCGAGAAGAUUCACCUAAUAGAGAUUUGUUACCCUCUAAGAGGGAUAGGAGUGACUUGGAUACUGAAAAUCAGUCUGCAAAAUCCAAUGAAGAUCUUAUCAAUAUGGACAAUGGUUGUGAUCCCCAUUUGCAUAAUGGCAAGAAGCUCAAAAGGGACGCUGCUUGUACCAGUGAGGCAGUUGGUCAGAAGUCUGUUCCUAUAAUUGGAAAUGAACUUUCAGAAGAUUCAUCUAGAAGAGAUGGAGAAAAUACUGUAAGAGAAGGGUCUGA